GGAGGGAGGGUAGCUAGUUUCCGCUGUCGCACGAUUUCCUUCAGUAACUUAAACAGAUUUUGAUUUCUCUUUGUGAAAAAGAAAUGGCUGCUACCCUACGUCCUUAUCUGAAUGCCGUCCGUGCGACUCUCACUGCGUCCAUGUGUUUGGAAAAUUUCGAUUCCCAGGUGGUGGAAAGGCAUAACAAACCUGAAGUGGAGGUCCGAAGCAGUAAGGAGCUGCUUCUAACGCCAGUCAUCAUCAGCCGAAAUGAAAAAGAGAAGGUGCUCAUUGAAGGUUCCAUCAACUCUCUGAGAAUCAGCAUUGCUGUGAAACAAGCUGACGAGAUUGAAAAGAUCCUGUGCAAGAAGUUCAUGCGUUUUAUGAUGAUGCGUGCCGAAAACUUCUUUAUCCUUCGAAGGAAGCCAGUUGAGGGAUACGACAUAAGCUUCCUCAUCACCAACUUUCACACGGAGCAAAUGUUCAAGCACAAGCUUGUUGAUUUUGUUAUUCAGUUCAUGGAGGAAAUAGACAAGGAGAUCAGUGAAAUGAAGUUGGCUGUCAAUGCUAGGGCGCGUAUUUGUGCAGAAGAAUUUCUCAAGAAUUUUUAGAGUUGAAACUUGUACAGAUCAGCACCAUUCAACAAACUCAGUUCAAACUUUAAAAGGAGUUUUUCAAUUCGAAGAUUUGUUUUGUAAUUAACACAGCAGAAUAUUUUAAAGUUAUGAUUGUUUCAGACAUAUUGCAGUGAACUCACAACAUGAAGGAAACAUGUAUUAUAACACUUUAAAAUUAAAGUAGAUGUCAUUGUCUAUUAAAAUUUUUUUUGUGUGUGGUCUAUUUGAUAGGCAUGCUAGGGUUGUCACACCUUGCAGAGAGAGUUCUUAACUAUCCUGAGUCUUCCAAAACAUAGCCUAGUCUGUAACUCUUCUACCAUUUCAUUUAACAUAUUCAAGGAGAUUCAAAUGACCAUAUGAUCCAUACCCUGAAUAUUAUGAACUUACAAUGUACUUGUGCUUGAAACCUCAAGUGUGAAUUUGUGGUAUUGUGUAACUGUGUAUUUUACCAUUUCAUACUGAGGGGCUGUUAGAGAUCCUAUGUUGAUUGUAAACUUCUCAAGAAAUGUUUUUCCUCAGAACAUUGCCCUGCUGUUUGCUUUUCAGUUUUGUGCUUAAUUUUGGAGAAGAUCCAAAUUUUGAAGCAUUGUAUUUCUAGUAACUUAUGUUCUGCUUUGGUAAGACUCCUUCCCAAUAAAGUUCUUGCAA